AUGCGGUUCACUGAUAUCCUUCUCGCAAGCGCUGGCGCUUCCCUUGCUUUCGCCGCUCCCUGCACCAAGCGAGCUGGAAAAUUCAUAUUCACCGGCUCCAAUGAGUCCGGCGGUGAGUUUGGGGAGGGAAACCUCCCUGGAAAGCUCGGCACCGACUACAUCUGGCCCGAAACGAGCUCUAUUGAUACGCUCAUUGGCACCGGCAUGAACACCUUCCGUGUGGGCUUCCGCAUGGAGAGAGUUACUCCUGAUGGCAUCACGGGCUCCAUUGAUGAGGACUAUAUCAAGGGCCUUGAGAGUGUUGUCAGCCACAUCACUGGCCAGGGCGCAUAUGCCGUUCUGGACCCUCACAACUAUGGCCGCUUCGCCGGCAACAUCAUCACGAGCACAGACGACUUUGGCACCUGGUGGUCCAAGGUAGCCAAGCGCUUCGCUAACAACAAGCACGUCAUCUUUGACACCAACAACGAGUACCACGACAUGGACAACUCGCUCGUCGCCAAACUCAACCAGGCCGCCAUCGACGCCAUCCGCGGCGCCGGCGCAACCUCCCAGUAUAUCUUUGUCGAGGGUAACUCCUGGACCGGCGCCUGGUCCUGGGUCUCUAGCGGCAACGGUGAUGCCAUGAAGGACCUCAAGGAUCCCCAGGACAAGAUCAUCUACGAGAUGCACCAGUACCUCGACGCAGACUCGUCUGGCACAUCCGAGACGUGCGUCAGCACCACCAUCGGCGUGGAGCGCAUCAAGGAGGCUACUCAGUGGCUCAAGGACAACGGCAAGAAGGGCAUCCUCGGCGAGACAGCGGGAGGCGCCAACGAGCAGUGCUACACGGCCGUGCAGGGCGAACUCCAGCACCUCCUGGACAACUCGGACGUCUGGACCGGCUGGCUCUGGUGGGCCGCCGGACCCUGGUGGCACGACUACAUGUUCAGCAUGGAGGCGCCGAGCGGAACGGGCUACACCAAGUUCUUGCCCAAGAUUAAGAAGUUUAUUGCUGCUUGA